AUGGGCACAAAGAAGGUGUACACUGUGACGGACCGAAAGGAUCCAAAGUCCAAAAUGUCGGAUAACUCGUUGGAUUCAACAGAUUCUUCUGGCACGGUGCAUCAUAUUACUUUCAGAAAAAGUACAGUAAUCGUUUUAUUUCAGUAUCACAACUCGCAUGGAAUCUCUUGGUUGAUGGCGGCGAUCUUCAUCGUUGGAGACAUGAUGGGCGCCGGAAUGAUCUCUUUGCCCUUAUCAUUGGGAAAAGCGGGGUUAAUUGCUGGUUGCAUUCUGAUCCUCUUGGCCAGUGUGUUCUCCGGAUACACUGGAAUUCAACUCGGACAGAAUUGGGAAAUGAUGCAGGUACAUUCAGCUGAAAAAAUUUUCAAAAAUCGUUGAGCAUUUCAGAAUCGCUGGCCGAAAUACCGUACUCACUGCCGUCGUCCUUAUCCCGAAAUGGCGUACCGCGCUCUCGGAAACUGGGCUCGUCAGGCCGUCGCCGUGUGUCUGGUGGUGUCCCAAUUCCUCAUCGCCUGCGUGCUUCUCCUUCUGUCCGCCGAGAACUUCACCAAUCUUCUCAACACGUUCUUCGGACUCCACCUCGAUUUCUGCAUCUUCAUCGUCGCCAUCACGCUCGUUUUGUGGCCGUUCUGCCUGCUUCAGAGUCCAAUGGAUUUCUGGCAACUCGCAAUUAUCUCAGCUGUCUCAAGUACUAUAGCCGCCGGAUUGAUUGUGUUCGGAUCCGCGUGGGACAUGUCCACAUGUGCUCCUCACCGUGAAAUGCCAAAACUGAACUUUAAACAGUUCUCCCUGUCCUACGGAACGAUUGUAUUCGCAUUCGGUGGUCACGGCGCUUUCCCUACUAUCCAACACGAUAUGGCCAUGCCGCAACAGUUCAACAAAUCUGUCAUUUCCAGUUAUAUCUGUAAGUAUCUGUAAUGAAGAACUAUUUUUGCAGUGCAAAUUGAGCGACCUCGGGGCCGAGUUUGAAAAGUUAGGCCACGUUCUCAAUGGAAAAUUACUUCGCGGCGUAGAAAUUCUGUUGCGAACAACGCGGUCUUUCUGUCCGGUGCCCCUAUAAUAACGCAUUGCUCGAUAAUUCACGUGCUUCUUCGCAAAAAGAUCACGUGAAGUUCAUACUUACUGAUUAGAAGUUUCUGCGAGAAAAUAACAUAAAUACUUUAGUGAUUACAAUCGUCUACUUAGCCGUGUCAGUUUCCGGCCUCAUGGCUUACGGUGACAGUAUGGAGGAUACCGUAAUCCCAUCGAUCCAACUUACGUGGGUGGCCCAGACUAUCAAUGUUCUCAUUACCGCACACAUCCUUCCCACCAUCAUUAUUGUGCUUUCUCCGUUGGCUCAACAAGUUGAGGAAUGGAUCAAGAUUCCGAAUGGUACCGAAAGAUAAUAGAAAGAAAGUGAAUAAUUGAACAAUGUUCUUCCAGAAUUCGGAGCUCGUCGCUUCUUCGUCCGUACAUUUAUCAUGGCGUUGGUCGGUUUCACCGCCCUGUCUGUUUUACAAAUUGGUGUUUUCUUGGAUUUGGUACUAAAUUUAUAUAAAGUGCCGUUUCUGACUAUACUUUAAAUUUCAGGUCGGUGCCACCACAAUCUCCCUGAUGACCAUGCUGCUUCCGAGUAUUUUCUGGCUGUUCAUGCAAGCAUCGGCCAAAAAAAGAGAGGACGGAUUGAAAAUUGGUACUGUUCAGCAGAAUAGUCCUGAUAUGGAAACCGCUACGCUCUCUGAGUAUGUGAAAGUUUUGUAGAAGCCAAAUAAUUUUGUGUUUCAGUGUCUGGUAUUAUACUCCCAAGUUUAUUCUGGCUUUCAACAUUAUUUCAUUGUGUAAGUGAUUUGUGAUUUCAACUAUUACAGAUUAACAUUUCAACUAAUUUCAGCGUUCGGAUUCAUCGGAGGAGCUUCUUCAGCGUGGUCUGCCGUCGAAACGCUUAUUUUCACAUCGCAAAAGGCUCCGUGUUAUGUGACGUGGUUCCGAGAAGGAUUCACGCAUGUAGUAGCCGGAGGAUCGGUCAAUUGUUGUGGAGCGUACAGGAAUAUCACCCACUACGGGGACAUCGGAGUUUGUGCCAUCGUUGCAAACGGAUAA